UGCUGACAUGUCUGGACGCGGCAAGCAAGGUGGUAAAGCUCGCGCCAAAGCCAAAACCCGCUCUUCGCGGGCUGGUCUCCAGUUCCCCGUGGGCCGUGUGCACCGCCUGCUCCGCAAGGGCAACUAUGCCGAGCGGGUCGGCGCCGGCGCGCCGGUGUACCUGGCGGCGGUGCUGGAGUACCUGACCGCCGAGAUCCUGGAGCUGGCGGGCAACGCGGCCCGCGACAACAAGAAGACGCGCAUCAUCCCGCGCCACCUGCAGCUGGCCAUCCGCAACGACGAGGAGCUCAACAAGUUGCUGGGCAAAGUCACCAUCGCGCAGGGCGGUGUUCUGCCCAACAUCCAGGCCGUGCUCUUGCCCAAGAAGACGGAGAGUCACCACAAGGCCAAGGGCAAGUAAUGUGAAAGAAAAUGUCUUC